ACCUCGCGCAAACACCUCGCGCAAACACCUCGCGCAACUCGACUCAGCUUCCGUGUUGUUGCGUGUUCACUCUUGCUGGCCUUGCCUGAGCCGGAGGACCAGCAAAGCAAACACAGCAUCCAACAUGGUGAAGAAGAAGAAGGGUGGAAAGAAGAGUGCCAAGGGUAGGAAGAGCGCAAAGGGGCGCAAGAAGAAGUCGGCCAAGUCCAAACCAGAGGAGCCACCGCCACUUCGCUGGCCUUGGGCGCACUUGACAGAUUCAUGGCUGCCCCGCAACCCGUACGCCUACGCGGCGCUGCAACGCAAGUUCCGAUCGCACUAUCUGCACACGGAAGGGAUUGUAUGUACACAGGAAGAGUGGCGCCGGUCGCUGUUAUUACACAGAGACCAAUAUGAUGACCCAACGCAGGAGGCAAUGGUGCAGAUGCUGGUUUGUAUUCUGGCGGAGGAAGGCAACCGCAAAGACCCACCAGACAACUUUACCCUCUUUGCAGCCGCAUUGAGAUUCAGACACAGCCCGGAGCACUUUGCGCGCAUGUAUGCGGAGAUGAAGCGGUGGUUCGACCAAGUGGACGACAGCGCCGUUUUUGGCAAGAUCACCGACUUUUUCGACCCGAGCAGACUGACGCGAGAGUACGACCACUUUCCCAAAGAAGAAGCGCGGCGGCUGAUUGAGGAGGACAACACGAUCACAUAUGGACUUCAUCUCCUCUACACCGAAGAGCCAGAGGAGGUUGAAGACGUUGACUUUCACCUCUUUGAGCCGUUGGCGACGUAUCUCGUGCAGAACAAGCUGCGACUGACGGACUUGUUUUUCCAGUUUGACAAGGACAAAGAUGGCAGCUUGACCAUGGAUGAGAUUGUGCGCGGCAUUCAGUCGCGCGGCAUUGAAAUGACGGAGGAGGCGGUACAAGCGCUCGUGGACGACCUCGAUGCAGAUGGCGAUGGUGUCGUGAAAUACAAGGAGAUGAACGCUUCACGGUUUCAUGCUACGUUGCAGCGACGCCAAGUGACACGGGCCCUGUCAGCACGCUCGCAGGCAGAUGAGGAGACGAUGAAGAUUGUGGGACAAGUGUUGCGGAUGUCAUUUGACGACUUUUCGCUGCUUGUUCUCCAUUCCCACUACGUCACUCGCCCUUGACAACUUGAACCCGCGCACACACUCUCACACACUCACACAUGCGAGCGCCUCUUUUUUCUUGUGGUGAUGCGUUGUAUCGACUGACGCGUGCGUGCGUACAUUCAAUCACAUACUGUGUUGCCUGGAUGCUCAUGUAAUGUUGCUCGCAUGUGCGAUGCUCUUGUCACAAUGCAGAGUGCGCUUGCGUUUUGUGUUUGUGUGUCUGUCACGUCACGACUCUCGAAGAGGUCACGUUCAUUGUUGUUUCUCUAUCCCACAUUGACUGCAUAUUGUCCAUAUCACCAUAAACGACAACUGUUG